AUGAUCAUUCCCGUUCGCUGCUUCUCCUGCGGCAAGGUCAUCGGCGACAAGUGGAACGCCUACCUUGCCCUUCUCCUUGACGGUCGCACCGAAGGCGAGGCUCUCACUGAGCUUGAUCUCAAGAGAUAUUGCUGCCGUAGGAUGGUUCUUACCCACGUCGAUCUCAUCGAGAAACUCCUCCACUACAACAUCCACGAACGCAGAGUUCACGCCUAA